AUGAUCAACAAUAACAUCAACAUAGAAUACAGGCGUUACAGUUGGAACAAAAAUAACCUAGCAAUCAUUAUGCCUAUCAGUAGAAGGGAAGAGAUAGAGGCAAAGAGACAGAAACUUCAGGCCCUUCGGAAACAGCGUCAGGAUCGGGAAUCUCGUGAUAAGCUUCAACAACAACAACAACAACAGUUUACCUCACCAACUAGAAGUGUAUCAGGUGUGGGCGCCCCUACAAACAAGGACAAUGUGAAUAAGCUUGUCGAUGAAUUAUUGGUAACACACUCCCCGAAACGUCUUUCUCAAUUGUCAACAGAUAGAAAUGGCUUUGAUACCCCCAGUGUUGAGCUGUCAUUCACGAGUGAUGAGCCAGAACUAAAGGGGAAAAAAGUUGAGUACGUUGACAUCGGAAUUCAAACAGAGCCAAUUAUGAAGAGCUGGAGAAACAAUAUGGGAGGCAAUCUAAGGCACGUUGAAACAAUCACAUACGAUAAAGCAGUGCAGACGCUAGAUUUUCAAAUCCGUAAAGAACAAGACCUUGAGAUCAAACGCCGAGAAUGGGAACAGAGAGUGAGAAAUGAAUUGGAAGCAGAACAUCUUGCUAGAGAAGAGCAGGUGAGCAAAAACCUCAAAGAGUUACAAGAGAAAUACGAAAAUAGUCAGUCAUUUAAGAACGAAAAGAUAAGGCAAGCAAUAACAGAAUUAGAAGAUGAAGAUGAACAACAAGAAAGUGAUAUGUUUAGUUUGAGAAAAUUUACAGAUCAAAUAGACGCACAGGAAAAGCUCAAAGAUGAUGCCAUGAAAGAGACAAAAUUAAAAUCGUUUUUCAGCCAAUCAUUCAAAUUGAUUAAUCAAGUGCUAGCGGAAGACAAUUAUGCUGAAAUUGAUGAUAACACCAAUACUGAUAACACUGAGAAUUCAGAAAAAUCUGUAACUGUGAAUAAAUCAUUAACAACUUUCAAGUCUGAAGAUUCGAAGGUUGCAAUCAAGCAACAUAGAAUUCUUUAUAAUGGAAGUUUUUGCGCUGGGCGCUCUGUUAAUUCUAUUGACUGGGCCUCUGCUGAUGAGCAAUUUAUUGUGGUUGCUUAUUCUCCAAAGAAAGAAAUAUUUACAGCAGCAGUAAGAUCGGUUAAUGAAAAUACAAAUGAUAUCCUUGAUUUUGGCCUAGACGAUGAUAAGUCACUUAUUGCCAUUUGGGACUUGAACCAACACACCAACAUUCCAACACACUUUUUUACUGCUUCAACAGAGAUUCUCUCAGUAAUAUUCAAUAAAAAAAACCCACAUAUUAUUUAUGGUGGUGGAUAUAAUGGGAAGCUUUACAUGUGGGAUACCAGACAUAAUACCAAAGACCCUGUGGCCACUAGCUCUUUAAACAGUGGUAGAGGAUUCCGCCAUCUAUACCCAGUGUACUCUCUUCAACACAGAUUCAAAACCAUUGCUGGUGAUAAUGAAUCAGGCAUGUUGGUUUCUGCCAGCACCGAUGGCACGGUAUGUUCAUGGUCGCCAUUUUCUUUGCAAACACCAUUAACUGUGCCAGUGCAUUUGAAAUCCCCGCCAGGGUUGUUAGCAAAAUAUGACGAGCUAGCUCCUUUAGCGGUGGAUAUUGUAAAUAAUGACCCUAAGAACGGACUUUUAGUGGCGUGUGAAGAUGGUAGAAUUUAUAGAGUGGAAAACUGGAACACUCUUAUUGCCUCCGGCCCUCUGGCCCAAAAUUCCGCGGUUGUCGACUCUAAGAAUAUUUACGAAGGACAUAUAAAAUCACCAGUCACCAGUAUUGAUUGUCAUCCAAGCAGUGAAUCAAAGCUAGGAAACUUAUUUUUAACUUGCGGAUUCGAUUGGAAUAUCAAACUAUGGAAAUAUAGUACCGCUGGGUCAUUAGAUACCACCCUCACCAACAGAAAAAUUAGAAAAUCUACAAAUUCUUGGCUAGGCAGCGACAAUAGUGAUAUGUUUAGUGAUAUCACCGGUAGAGAGUUCGAUACCUCAAGCCUUGUGGAGACUAUCCCACCUUUACUUGAGCUCAAUAGAGAUGACUCGGUAAUGGAUGUUCAGUGGAGACCUAGAGCUAGCUCCCAAUUCAUGUCUGUUGGUGGUGCUGGCAAACUUGAAUAUUGGGAUUUGUUAAAGGAUACAGUUUCUCCAAUAAUUGAGGCAGUGCCAAAUAAUAAUCUUGAAUUAAGUAAUGAUGAAGCUGAUUCCAACCCAAAAAGACAUGAUGGAGCAUUGACAAGAUUACUGUUCAAUUAUGAUGGGUCAAUGGUGGUCACUGGGGGAACUAAUGGGUUUUUGACUAUUUUUAUUAUUGACGAAGAAUGUGAUUUGGAUAGCAAAACCAUUGAUGAUAGAUUGGUAGCAAUGUUAUUUUGA